UCCUACUAUAAAAGAACCAAUUUUUCUUCCUCCAGAUAGAAGGCAAGGCAAGGCAAGCAACAAUGGAGAAAGCUAUCAACAGGCAGAGGAUUCUCCUCGAGCACCUCCGACCUUCUUCUUCUUCUUCUUACAUCAGCGAUUCUUCUAUCUCUGGAUCGGCAUGUCUGGCUGGGGACAGUGCUGCGUACCAGAGAACUUCGGCUUUUGGGGAUGAUGUGGUGAUUGUAGCAGCACAUCGGACGCCAAUAUGCAAAUCUAAACGUGGUGGUUUUAAGGAUACUUAUCCCGAUGAUCUCCUCGCACCAGUUUUGAAGGCAUUGAUAGAGAAAACCAAUCUGAAUCCAAGUGAAGUCGGGGAUAUUGUGGUGGGUACUGUCUUGGCACCAGGAUCUCAGAGAGCCAGUGAAUGCAGAAUGGCUGCAUUCUAUGCCGGUUUCCCUGAAACUGUGCCCGUCAGGACCGUGAACAGGCAAUGCUCAUCUGGGCUUCAGGCUGUUGCUGAUGUAGCUGCAGCUAUAAGAGCUGGAUUUUAUGAUAUUGGUAUUGGAGCCGGGCUGGAGUCUAUGACAACUAAUCCAAUGGCAUGGGAAGGGUCUGUGAACCCAAAAGUGAAGGCCUUUGAACAAGCCCAAAAUUGCCUUCUUCCCAUGGGUAUAACCUCAGAAAAUGUUGCACAUCGUUUUGGUGUAACUAGGCAGGAACAAGAUCAGGCUGCAGUUGAGUCACAUAGGCGAGCUGCUGCUGCUACUGCCUCUGGUAAAUUUAAAGAUGAAAUUAUUCCUGUGCCUACGAAGAUUGUUGACCCAAAAUCGGGUGAGGAGAAACCUGUUAAAAUCUCCGUUGAUGAUGGGAUUCGGCCUAGUGCAACAGUAUCAGAUCUGGCAAGACUGAAGCCUGUUUUUAAGAAAGAUGGGACCACCACUGCAGGCAAUUCUAGCCAAGUGAGUGACGGAGCUGGGGCUGUACUCCUAAUGAAGAGAAGUGUUGCAUUGCAAAAAGGACUACCCAUCCUUGGCAUAUUCAGGACUUUUGCUGCCGUUGGUGUUGAUCCAGCUAUCAUGGGUGUAGGCCCAGCUGUUGCAAUUCCAGCUGCAGUCAAGGCUGCUGGUUUAGAGCUUGAUGAUAUUGACCUUUUUGAGAUAAAUGAGGCAUUUGCAUCCCAAUUUUUAUAUUGCCGUAAUAAGCUUGGUCUUGAUCCAGAAAAGAUCAAUGUGAACGGAGGUGCUAUGGCUCUUGGGCAUCCUUUGGGUGCAACAGGUGCUCGCUGUGUUGCUACUCUAUUACAUGAGAUGAAGCGCCGUGGCAAAGAUUGCCGCUUUGGAGUGGUAUCAAUGUGCAUAGGCACUGGAAUGGGGGCAGCGGCUGUUUUUGAGAGAGGUGAUGCGGUUGAUGAGUUUUGCAAUGCCCGGAAAGUUGACAGCGACCACCACCUUUUAUCUAAGGAUGCUCGGUAGAUUAUUCUUAUCUGCACUGGUUGCAGAUUCCUAUUUAUAAUAACAGCCAGGGCUAGCAUUGAAAUCCCGGUAAAGAAAUGUAAUAAAUAUGGCAUUAUAUAUUUUGUAUUUUUGAAAUAUCCAUGGACAUCAAAAGGUUGGAGUAAUUUGUGGACGUUCUUCGCAAUAAAGUCACCAAAUGGAUACAUGGUUGGUAGGUAA